CCAGCAAUCGCCGGGAUGGAUCGGCUGAAAGUUGUCUUCUUUUCUAGCCUACAGCGCUCGACUUACCCAGACGUGUGCGUCCAGUGCCACAGUCGCACCACUGGGGGAUACACAGCGACGACAAACGAAGGCUAUCAGCUGAGGUUCUGCUCCCCCCAGUGCAGUCAUGCCUACUGGGACGAAUACGCGAAGUUCUCGCAAUCUCCGUCAACUUUAUACAACACACAGCAAGGUGUCCCUAGCGCGAGUAAUGAGCUACUCCAAUAUGAAUAAACAUAUAUACACCUGUGAACAUUAGGUGGAGGAGGAAGAGCUACUCAAGCAGUUUCACAAGGAAUUCUAUUUGUAACUCAAAGGAGAACCAGCUCGCCAAAUACCCCACAAUCUAAUUCGGGGGCUCGGCUGUGUCGUCUUCCUGGCUGCACCAAGCCUUGCUACGUCGAGCGAGGCAGAGUCCAUGACUACUGUAGCUAUAGUCACGCAAGCGAGGAUGCAAGAUCACGUCGUACUGUGGAAAUUAUUAUAGCUGCUUCUGUUAUAUUCUUUCUCUUUAUUGUACUGUGGUCUUUUCUGUUGUAGAACAUUUGAGCACUUGAGUUUUGCUGACACUGUGCUGUGCUGAAUA